AGAAAAUUUUCUCAGCAACCAAACCAGAUCCGCAGCCCCCCCGGAGAAUUUUCUCAUUGACCAAAGAGAAACCCGAGCUUCGGAAGGGAAGACUCUGAAGGAGAACAGUCAGAAAGAGAAAAAACUGCGAUUUUCCUGGAAAAUACCUUCAAGCCCGGCCCACGCGAGAAUUUUCUCAUCGCCUCCUUCCGUCCAAAGAGAAACUUUGAAAGAGAACCCGCGAAAGAAUCAAUAGCAACUUCCCGGGAGAAAAAAAAAAUCGAAACGGGAUUUUUCUUGGUAAAAAAAAAAUUCAGAUCACAGGGAACACAAUGUGUCUGCUCUGCUUGUGCGAUGAAGAACAGACAGAACUGGGAAGACAACAAGCUCCAGGAUCGUGUCCGUACUGCGGCGGUAAAGUGCAUGCACUCGACGUCGAGAGCAAAUGGAUGUUCUGUCUCGUUCCCCUCUGUUUCAGGAUCAAGAGGAAAUAUAUCUGUUCUUCUUGCGAUCGUCGUCUGGUUCUGUAUCACUGAAAUUUCUGAAACUGUUCCUUGAUUUCUUAACUCUCAUGGCAAAAUCGCUAAUGAUGUAUACCGGUUUACCUCUUGUACCGGUUCUGGUUUAGUGCGGCCAUGAUCUCUGCCGUAAAAACCGGCAUGGUUUGCAACCCUUUUCCGGGUUAUUAUCUCUGAUGUACUUUUAACAUUUGUUUUUGUUUUAUUAUUUGUGGGGUCCUUAAAGUCGGUUCAAAUAAAUGUUAAUUCGUUUA